ACGACGACGACGCCAACGCUGGCCCUCCAAACCAAACCGGAUAUGUCUAAAAUACCACGACUGCCCGGCGACGGCGCCCAAAUGGAUGACAGCGGUGAUCUGCCCCACUCUCUGCGUGCCUCCGCCGCAUCAAUUCUCUCCAAUUUGCGCAAGAAACAGCAGGCAAUGCUUGGCGUCGGUGUUGGCAUCGCUGUGGACCGACCCGAGGGCAAUGGCGGUGUCGGCGGUGUUGCUGUCGUUGCUGGUGCUGCCCGACCUGCCGGUGGAUUGGCCAAGCAAACGCCGAGACGCGUGCAAUCCGUGCGCAUCGUGGAGGCCAAAUCCGGCUAUGGACCUAAACGGCGCACGGAAAGCUGCAGCAUAUUUGCCAACAGCAAUUUUGAUUACGAACUGGAGUCGGGCCAAUCGAUAGCGAGCAUUGCUGGACCCCAAAGACCGUUAACAAAUGAAACAUAUUCGGCUUUUAAGAGCGGCAAUGUGGUCAAGGGCAUACUCUGUCCCUCUCUAACGAACUCCUUCAAGCAGAGCUCACUGGAAAGAAGUUAUCUCACCUAUACACACAGGCAACGCCAGAAAUCGCUAAUUAUUGUCAAUGUCGUCGAUUUUGUACUGAAGAUUGUGAUGGCCAUAAUAUGGAUGUUGCAGCCCAAGGAACAAUUAUUGACGGACUCGAAUAUGGCGAGCACAGCAACAGCGAUUACUUGGUCCGUUUGCUGUGGCAUUGCCAAUUUGGCCAUUUGCUUUUUGGGCUAUUGGCGUUGCUUUGCCAACAAUUACUUGCACUGGGCAUCUGUCUGCACAUGGGUGCUCUUCAAUAUACAAGGAUUCAUCAGCGAAGGCGUCGGUUUCGAGAAUCGUGAGUACCUGGUCUGGUACAUAUUGUUUGUCAUAUUUGUGCCGUAUGCCAUGCUGCCACUCCCACUCAAAUGGUGCGUGGUGGGCGGCACAGUCACGGCCAGCUGCCACCUGGCCGUAAUUACCAUCAACAAAUUGCAAAGCAAGGAGACGACAUUUGAUUUCAACUGCGUGCUGUUCCAAAUCAUUGCCAAUUUCAUACUGUACUCGGCCAUCAAUGUGGCCGGCAUGUAUACAAAAUAUUUGACAGAUCGGGGACAGCGUUUGGCCUUCAUCGAGACGCACAAGGCCAUGGAGCACAAGAAGGAGUCCGAAAAGGAGCUGCAGCGCACACAGAAGCUACUAGAUUCAAUUUUGCCCAACAUUGUGAAUAAUCAAAUACGCAGUGAAAUGUACAAGGGCACGGAUCCCACGGUGGAAACGCAGUUCAACAAAUUGUACGUGUAUCCCAUGGAUAAUGUGAGCAUCCUAUUCGCCGACAUCAAGGGAUUUACGGAACUGGCCAGCAAAACUUCGGCCCAACAAUUAGUGAAAAUUUUAAACGACCUUUUCGCACGUUUCGAUCGCAUUGCAGAGGACAAUCAUUGCCUGCGUGUGAAGCUGCUCGGCGAUUGCUACUACUGUGUGUCGCAGUUCGAAAGCGACAACUGGAAGACGCGGCCGGACCAUGCUGUGUGCAGCGUCGAAACUGGACUGCACAUGAUAAAGGCCAUCAAGGAUGUGCGCCUGCAUACGCAUGUUGACCUCAAUAUGCGCAUUGGCAUCCACAGCGGGUCGGUGAUGUGCGGCGUUCUGGGCAACAAGAAAUGGCAUUUUGAUGUCUGGUCAAAUGAUGUUAUAAUUGCAAAUCACAUGGAAUCCGGCGGCAUACCCGGUCGCGUUCACAUCUCGGAAGCGACGUUGAACUGCUUAAAUGACGCCUACGAAGUGGAGCCGGGCAACGGCGGCAGUCGAGAUAAUCAUCUCAAUAAGCUGAACGUGACCACGUAUCUCAUCAAGCGCACAGAGCCGUUGCGACCCAAGCGACGCUUUGGCACCCGCAGCAGUAGCGCUGCUCCUGCUGCCAAUCGGGACAGUGCAGCAUUGCCCAAAUCAAUCUCGGCCAGCGGCAGCAGCAUUGGCAGCAAUACGGCGACGGUGCAGGGCACUAUCGAUGGCACUGGCAGCAUCGAUGGACGCAGCAGUCUGGAGUGUGCAGUGGCCAUGGCCGUGCAGCAGCCAUCCCAGCUGCUGCAGCAGCAACAGAAGAAGAACAUCUCCCUCAACUCGCUGCCGAAUGUGGUCGAGGGGGUCGCCUUGGACAAUCGCCGUUUGCGCAACGGUGUGGCAAUCAAUGCGAAUGCAGUUGCUGGUGGCGUUGGUGGAGCACCGGCAGCUGGACUCUCGACGGUAUCGUCGCCAACGGCAAUGAUGUCCGCACCACUGGAACAGCCGCGCAAUGGCGACAGCGUUCAGAAUCUGGCGGAGGCAAUCAGUGCCAAGGGGCUGAUCAUUGAGGAUGAGAGCACCACAGAGUGGAUACCAGAGAUACCCUUCAGAAAUCUUAACAGUCCCGAGGAGGCUUUAAAUCGUGUGGAUUCCAUUCUGGUCGAUCCCAAACAAGAUCAUCGCGUUUCAGUAACCGUGCUGGAUAAAGAGAUUGACGACUUCAUCGAACAGAAUAUCCAAAUCAAUUCGAAUAAGGAAAUCCGGCGAGAGUAUUUAAAUGCCUGGACAUUGAAAUUCAUCGACAAGAGCCAGGAGCAGAAAUUCUGCCAGCUGCGCGAGGACAUGUUUCGCUCGAACAUGCUGUGUGUUUUUGUCAUUUGGAUAUUUAUGGUUUUGUGCCAGGUCAUAAUUAUUCCGCGCUGCACAUCAGUCAUCAUUUGCCUGGCUGCCGGCACUGUGGUGCUCACCUUUUGCUGUGUCCUCGUCAUGGCCGAGGAGUUUCCAGGCCUGCCAAAUUGUUUAAAAACCAACUCGGCCAAGUUGGUGCAUCAGCGGCGACGUCGCACAUUCUUCAUUUGCGGCGUCAUCAUUUCCAUGUGCAUGCUCAGCGCAAUUGGUUUGGUGCUGUGCCCCUCGUCCAGCUACAAUGGCACCAAUGACCUGAAAUUUACACGCAGCUCGCAGCUGAGCAACGUUACCGUCGAUUUAGCUGCAAAUGUUUCCAUCUUGCAAACGUUCCAGCAUAAUCUAACCAUACGCACACCAGCCAGUGGCGGCGCCUCCGCCAUUUCUCUGGUUGACUUGGUUAACGAGAGCUUCAUCAAUGCAUCCGAUGAAUUGGUGCGCAAUACGAUUGCCAAUGCUUUGACUUUUAAAAAUCUGACCAACACUCCACUGGAGUCCUUUGAACAGUCGCAUCGACCAUUUGCCCUAACCCGAAACGAUCGGAGCACAUAUGUCAUAUCCAUUGAUGACAGCUCGGGGUGUGUGCAUCGAGAGUAUAUCGUGUUCACCUGGGUGCUGUGCCUCGUCUCGCUGGCCACGGCCCUGAAGCUCUACUACUUGAUUAAGGCAACUAUGGCGGUGGGAAUGGUUGCAUUCUACACAACGCUCAUCUUCAUCCGAUUCAGCACCAACGAAAGUUUCAGUCUGAACAAUCUGAGGGAUAAUGGAAUGCCGCUCGGCGUACAGAUGCUCAUACUGCUAAUCACGUUCCUAAUCAUGGUCUGCUAUCAUGCCAGACUGGUCGAGGUUACCUCCCGCCUGGACUUUAUUUGGAAGGAGCAAGCGGAACGCGAACUGACCAACAUGAAAUCGAAUCGUGCGCUUAAUGACACAUUAAUUAAGAACAUCCUGCCGGACCAUGUGGCCGCCUAUUACCUGUCCGAUGAGCACACGGAUGAGCUUUAUUCGAAGAAUCACAAUCUGUGCGGCGUUAUGUUUGCCUCCAUACCCAAUUUCCAGGACUUUUAUUCCGAGGACAUUGACAAAGGCAAAGCGUGUAUACGCAUCCUAAAUGAGAUUAUCUGCGACUUUGAUGAAUUGCUGGAGGAGCCACGCUUUGCAUCCGUGGAGAAAAUAAAAACCGUGGGUGCUACUUAUAUGGCUGCUGCCGGCCUCAAUCACGAGCAUCUGCGUGUGCGGGGCGAGACAUCGGAGGACAGCGUCUGUGAUCUGGUCGAGUUCGCCUUUGCCAUGAAGAAAAAGCUGGAGGAGAUCAAUGGCGAUGCCUUCAACAAUUUCCAGCUUCGCGUCGGUAUCUGCAGUGGACCAUUGGUUAGCGGCGUUAUCGGUGCCCGGAAGCCUGUCUACGACAUCUGGGGCAAUACGGUGAAUGUGGCCUCGCGCAUGGACUCCACGGGUGAGAACUGGCGCGUCCAAGUGCCGGACAAUACGGCGGAGUUGCUCUGCUCACGCGGCUACACCUGUGUGAAACGUGGCGAAGUCAAUGUGAAGGGCAAGGGCAUGAUGACCACAUUUUAUGUGCAUCCCAGGGGCGUUUCGGAUAGCCAGCUGAUCUCACCAGUGCGCCUGCCCGCCGGCAUUCCCAUGGCCCAGACGCCCAAUCUGCAGCGACAGACAUCGCAUCAUGGCUCCUUCAGCGCUGUCGUCUUCGGCAUGAUGCAGGCCACCAAACGGAGCACAGCCAUACCAGGCACACCCACCGGCACGCCUUCACCGCAAAUUCGACGUGGUCAUCGGGGCAGCACAUUCAGCUCGGUGCGUCUCUCCCAGAAGUCGACGACGGUGAAUCCCGUGCGACGGAACACGACACGAGUGCGUGUUCGCUCCUAUCGACAGAAGAAGAGCUCCUCGAACAAUUCGAUUGUCACGCAGGCCAGCUCCAAUUAUUUGCCCUCGUUUCGGCGCAUCGAUCAGAUUGAGACGACCAUAUCCAAGAGCCACAACGAUGCUUUAUAGCCAACAACGCGCAUCAAUUGGGUUUAAGCUAGUUUCUAUUACCAAAUCGAUUAGUGUUUUAAUGGGCUCUUGAAUUUUUGGAUAGUUCUCUGAGAGCUGUCCGUCAGACGUCAGUCAGUUUUGCCAAAAAUUAUUAAAAUUAUGUAGAAUUUAUUUUUGGAACGAUUUUAUGCAAGGACUUAAAUCUAGCUAUAAGUAGUGGCGUCCUACGUAUAUAUAUAUAUAUCUUUAUUAUCGUAUCUGUUAGCAGUAGAAAUUGGCACUAAUUAGACAGUUGUUUGCCAAAAAACAUAUAUUUUAGUGUGUAGCUAUUAAUAUGUAUCUUGUAUUUUAUCAUCUCAGCACAUUUCUAGUCGGUUUAUAUAUGUAAAUAUUUAAGUAUCUUAUUCUCCAAUGAUCUAUGCGUAAAUCCACGAUCAAAUUACAAAUUUUUGUGAAGUUGUCUUGCCACAUUUCUAGAAGGUUUGCCAACAAUUGAUGCUUUUUAAGUUAGUCUCUAAUAGAGUUAAGCAUAAUUUGUAGCAUUAUUAGAUAAUUUAUUAUAAUAAUAAUAUGAG